AUGACUAUUAAGCUAGUCGUUGGAGGGCAACAUAUUCAUGUUAUUAGUGCUUAUAUACCUCUUGCGGACUUGGGCGAAGAGGUUAAAAGACACUUAUGGAAGGAUUUGGACGAGGUUUUGCAAGGUGUCCCACACUCCGACAAGCUGUUCAUAGGUGUAGAUUUUAAUGGCGUUAUUGGGGCGUCUGCUAGCGGUUACGACGAAGUGCAUGAUGACUUCAAUUUUGGAUAUAGAAGUGAAGGAGGUACUUCGCUUUUGGAUUUUGCUAGUGCUUUUGAUUUAGUUAUAGCUAACUCAUGUUUUCACAAAAGGGAGGAGCAUUUGGUCACCUUCCAUAAUAUGGUGUCCAAGAGCCACAUUGAUUAUCUUCUCUUCAGAAGGUGCAAUAGAGGUCUAUGCUCAGAUUGCAAGGUUAUCCCGACCGAGAAUAUAGUAACCUAA